GAGCACAACAGGAGAAGAUGUCAACCUGGAUUUGGAUUGCUCGGAGAGAAUGCGCGCAUUCAGGUAUCACAUGGACUGCUGAACCGCCGUCAAAGCCAAAUCUACUAAGGCCCGCUCAUUGGUCUCUUGGAGAGGCUUCUGUCACCCAAGAACCGGGCAGGGACUGACAAGAUGGCGCCCACACCCUGUGCCAUCUGCCAGACCGAGCGCGCACUCAUCAAGCGGCCGAAAAACCACCAGAAGUUGUGCAAAAAGUGCUUCAUCCAGGUUUUCGAGGACGAAAUACACCAUACCAUCACAUCCGCUGGCCUCUUUUUCCCUGGCGAAAAGAUUGCUAUCGGCGCAUCCGGGGGCAAGGACUCCACUGUGCUCGCUUCGGUACUAAAGACGCUGAACGAGCGGCAUAGCUAUGGCCUCGACCUCGUCCUUCUCAGCGUGGACGAGGGCAUCAAAGGCUACCGUGACGACUCGCUCGAGACAGUCAAGCGGAACGCCAUGCAGUAUGACAUGCCCUUGAAGAUAGUCGGCUACGACGAGCUGUACGGGUGGACCAUGGACCAGGUCGUGGAAACGGUCGGCAAGAAGGGCAACUGCACCUACUGCGGCAUCUUUCGGCGGCAGGCCCUCGACCGUGGCGCAAAGGUCCUCGGCAUCCAGCACGUCGUGACGGGACACAACGCCGAUGACGUUGCUGAGACGGUGCUGAUGAACCUGCUCAGGGGCGACCUGGCCCGGCUUUCACGGAGCACCAAUAUUGUCACCGGCGGCGCGGCGUCCGACAUCAAGAGGAGCAAGCCGCUCAAGUAUGCGUACGAGAAGGAGAUUGUCCUGUACGCCCACCACAAGAAGCUGGACUACUUCACAACAGAGUGCAUCUACAGCCCAGAGGCGUUCCGAGGAAGCGCGAGGAGCCUGAUCAAGAGCCUGGAGAGGGUGCGGCCCAGCGCUAUCCUGGAUGUCGUGCGUAGUGGAGAGGACAUGGCCAGGCUUGUGCCGGGGGAAGUGUCUGGCUCUUCGUGCGAGUGCAAGGGUAGUGAGCAAGCUAGCGAAGACUACCAGGGGGCCGAAUCAGGAGGAUGCGGCUCCGCGAGCGGGCAAAGCGGCGGAGGGGAGAUGGCGGCGAUGGAGGCUAGACUUCGGCAGGCUCAAGAUACUACGCCGCUCGAAACCGACAUUGGGGCGUUGGAAGCAAAGAAGCGAGCGCAGAUGGAUGGUGACACUGUCUCGUUGUCAUCAAGAACCGCGCCAUCCAAGGACAAGGCGCAUGGCGGCAAGGUCACGAAGCAGGUGUUGGGUUCAUGCGAAAGGUGUGGCUACAUGUCCAGCCAGACAAUAUGCCAGGCUUGCAAGCUGUUGGAGGGGCUGAACAAGAAUAGACCCAGGAUAGUGAUAGAUGGUGGCGGCUAAAACAGCGAGGUCUUUGUGGGAUUCAUCGGCAUGCCAUAUGAAAAGAAUUCACUCUCCUUUGUGUAAAGAUUUCAGCAUUCCGUCCUAGCGGUGAAGAGACUCUUGG